AUUACUAUCAUAUGCUUGAGUCUGUUCUGUUACUAUCAUAUGCUUGAGUCUGUUCCAUUACUAUCUUCCUCUGCACAAAAUGUGCUCCAGAUGUUUUGCAGGGUUGCAUUGACAUUGACAUUGCUUAACACUUGGCCCUUCUCUGGAUCCCUAGAGACCCAAUGGGGUUGCUUCUCAAAUAGCACUCUAUUCCCUAUAUAGUGCACUACUUUUUGACCAGGGCCUAUAGAGCACUAGGGAAUAGGGUGCCAUUUUGGACGCAAGUGGUGAGGUCAUAGUUGUCCAGAAAUGGCUGAUUCAGUGAUUUCAUGUUCACUCAGGCCUCCUUGCUCUGGACUGGAACUCUGGAUUCACACAGGAGAUGCUUUGUUCUGCCAAGACAACCGAUAGGAGGGCAGACAAUAAACAGAUCAAUAUUUACAAUGUUGUUUGUACUCCACUUGUUACCGUUUUCUCAGGGCAACUGGCCACAAAUCUUACUGCUGUGGUUGCACAUCUCUCUCUAACUUCUGGGAGAGCCCAUUUAAAGAAAAUAUAAGUCAUGUUCAUGGGGCGUUGCGUUCAUGCGGGCUAGUCCCUCCCAUAACACAAAACACCAUUCAGCAGCAUGUCAACACACUCUCAUGUUGAGAAGAAGAAGAAACAGUUAAAGGAAUCGGACAAUCUAUUUUCUGGACUUAAUGAUCUUGGGCUUCAGCAAGACCAACUCUGAAGUGAACUGCUUAUCCAAACUGUUGUUUUUAUUAUAACCAAAUAUAGAAAUGGGAAGAAUACUUAUCUGCGUAAAACGGACGUUCAUUUUCGUCUGUGUCUUGAUCUGUAUCAUCAGCACCCUCUUGCUGGCCAUCACAUUAUUUGGACACGGGCACUUCCACCAAUCAGAAGAAAUAGAGGAUAUUCUGCCUGGGAUAGUAGUUCUGUAUGUCCUAGAAGCAGCAACCCUGGUCCUGUCAAUCUUUGGUGUCUAUGGCGCUCGGAAGGAGAAGAAAUGGGCUGUGGUUCUGUUUUCUGUAGGUAUGUCACUGGCCAGCCUAUACCUGUUUGUGGAGUGCGUGAAAGCAUAUCAUUCCAAACACGAGAUGGAGGAGUUAACCAGAGAGGAACAUCUAGCAAUGAUUCCUCUGAGUGGAGCGAAACAAAAAGAUAUAGAAACGAUAUACAACAUACAGACUAACUGCUGUUUCCUUCACUUUCAGUUCAAAUGCUGUGGGCUCGUACAAGGCUACCAAGACUGGGGCACAGACAUCCCCAUCUCCUGUCUCUGUUCUGAUGAGGACUCAACAGACUUUACAUGUGUUGCUCCUGGUAACAAUACAAGAUUUGUUAUUCACUAUCCCAACAGUAAUUCGUCUGAGGAUGAUGACCACAAGGGAUUAAUGGAUGAACACAUGCUGGUAUAUGAAAAGCCAUGUCUUCCCAUCCUGAUCUCUGUCGAGAGCAAUGCAAUCAGCCUGGGAAUAGGAAUAUUAGUAGCACUGACAGCAUUAUGGGAUGUUGGAGUUGCCCUGGCCAUCACAAUUCUCUGCCAGAUGAGAAGAAAGGUUGAUGUGCCACCUGUGAUCUUCACCUCUCAACCACCUCAAUACAGGGAGCUGUGUGACACAGCAGAGAGUGUCUGAAAUGAAAUGGUCCUCUUAUGAAGGAGACUCAAUGCACUAGUCUGAGUGCCAGUCUGUUUGUGCCAUCAUGACAACUCCUGUCACUCAUUUGUGUCAAGCCAAACAUGACAAUGGGUGACAAAGAGUUGGCUUGGCAAUGACAGCAAUGGAGUUGUCAUUGGCCAGACCACAAACACCACAAACAGAUCUGGGAUCAGGUUAGCAAUGCAUCCAUAUUAUGUACAUACUCAUAACACACAUGAAAGGACAACUCAGGACAUUAUUAGACAUUAGACAUCUCUACUGUGUUGUCCAAAGUAUUACUGUUCAACUGAUUAUCCAUCUGACUGCCAGCAAGAGUCUUCUUAUUGGCUGUCAAAGGUUCUGUAAAACCUGUGGUUUGUUUUUCUGUUGUAAAUCAUUGGUAACCAUUUAACCAUUGAAGUGCCUCAGUGUUGGUUACAGUGUCUUGAAUAAAGGGACAAGCAUCUUUUAACAUUAUGUUCCUUUUAUUCGACAACCAACAUCUCUUAAAUAUUCCUCUUUUCCUCCUGUUCUCUCCUCUCAUCCUCCUCUCUCUUCCUCUUUUCCUCAUGUUCUCUCCUCUCAACCUCUCUUCCUCUUCCUCCUGUUCUCUCCUCUCAUCCUCCUCUCUUCCUCUUCCUCAUGUUCUCUCCUCUCAUCCUCCUCUCUCUUCCUCUUUUCAUCCUGUUCUCUCCUCUCAUCUUCCUCUCUCUUCCUCUUUUCCUCCUGUUCUCUCCUCUCAUCAUCCUCUCUUCCUCUUUUCAUCCUGUUCUCUCCUCCCAUCCUCUCUUCCUCUUUUCAUCCUGUUCUCUCCUCUCAUCCUCCUCUUCCUCUUUUCCUCAUGUUCUCUCCUCUCAUCCUCCUCUCUCUUCAUCCUGUUCUCUCCUCUCCUUUUCCUCCUGUUCUCUCCUCUCAUCCUCCUCUCUCUUCAUCCUGUUGUCUCCUCUCAUCUUCCUCUUUUCCUCCUGUUCUCUCCUCUCAUCCUCCUCUUCCUCUUUUCCUCCUGUUCUCUCCUCUCAUCAUCCUCCUCUUCCUCUUUUCCUCCUGUUCUCUCCUCUCAUCCUCUUCCUCCUGUUCUCUCCUCUCAUCCUCCUCUCUCUUCAUCCUGUUCUCUCCUCUCAUCUUCCUCUUUUCCUCCUGUUCUCUCCUCUCAUCCUCCUCUUCCUCUUUUCCUCCUGUUCUCUCCUCUCAUCAUCCUCCUCUUCCUCUUUUCCUCCUGUUCUCUCCUCUCAUCCUCCUCUCUUCAUCCUGUUCUCUCCUCUCAUCCUCCUCCUCCUGUCUUUCACACUCCCUCAGCUCUUUCUCUCUCCUCUUCUGUUCUGCCUUCUCUGUCUUUGUCUCUGCUUCCUUUCUCUUCCUCUCCUUCCUUCUCUUGUUUCUUCAACUUGUCUUUCUCUUUCUUCCAACUGAAUACAGUCUGACUCAGGGGGAAAAGUUUAUUUAAAACAAUGACUACGUAAUGAAGGACUCUAAACUGUAUGAUAUUAGACCAGUGGUUGUAGCCUGGGUACCAGUCUGUUUAGCUAUCAUUCCACUCCUUGCCACUCCUUGUCAUGCUAAACAUUUGGCAUGUGACACGGAGUACAAUGGGUGGAAUGUUCACUCAACAGACUGGCACCCAGGCUACUGUAGUACAUACUCAUAAUAUCAUUUUACGUUCAUUCAAUAAACUACUUUGUUCUA